UCUAUUACUAUUUUUUUUGUCGUAAUUGUAAUUUGAUCGUCGAAUUGCAAAACCUAUUUGAUUAGCCGUUGAGGGUUCUUUAGCGAGAGCCCCAUGAAUGGCACGGGCUCAACAACGAUCGAAUUGAAAGUAUCCGCCAAUUGCGUCAAAUAAGAAAAAAAAAAAACUUUUUACUUUCUUGUGUAUGCGUGUGUGUGUCGGAGUGUGCUGCACACAGCGCAGCAUUCGGUUGAACUUUAAAUACAAAUACAGUCGAUUAAAACAUAGAAUUGUCCAACAAGCAAGUACAGUUGAAAAGAAAUUAUUUUUCAGAUGAAUUCGUAGUCCUUGGGCUCGUUCAUCUGACGAGAAGAGUUAUCAAUUUGUGUUUGUGCCUCGCAUUGCAAUUCUUAAUGCAGAGCAAGUCGCGCGCUCGUUGAAAAAAAAAAAAAAAAAAACGUACUUGCUACAUUUUUUUUCGUACGUCUUCGUACAUGAAAUCGGUAAUAUCACACAUAUGUAUAUGUUGUUUGUUGUGCAUGUGUGUAUGCGUGUAAGUGUGCGCUCCGCGUUGCGUUUUUUUGUUGAGAAUUCUAGCCGCUGAAGCGCUCCUGUGUGUUUGUGUGCGUCUGUGCGAGCGAGCGAGCAGAAAGGCAAUACCGACAUCAACCACAACAACAAAAGCAACAACCAAACUCUACAUACACAGUCGCAGCUCACACACUCUUGUCAUGUUGACACUCUUGCGGAUUCGGCCUGCACUUGCAUAGCGCUGCCGAUGCCCGAUGUAACCACUGGACAAGUAUUAGAAUAAGGACUAGGAUCAGACGACGCGGACAAAGCACCGACAACAACGACUUGGACUUGGAGUUAAGCAGCAGCAGUCGCAGCAGCAGCCGCAGCAGCAGCACUCUUGCUCUGCAGCAAGAUGCCACGCUUUCGGAACGAUGAGCUGGUGGAGACCCGGUACAAGGAUGGCGACAUUGUUUGGGUAAAGAUACACAAUUCGGAGACUUGGUGGCCCGGCGAGGUGACCUCCUCGCAAGACUUUCGCUACGUCAACAGCUCACGACGUCCAUUCGCAGUCGUCGAGUUCUUCAAUGAGCGAACUUUCGAACAGGCGAACACGGCAAAGGUGAUUUAUCCAUUUCAAUGCGAACACAAAUCGGAAUUCAUCAAAAUGGGCAACAAAAAAUCCGUGGCCCAGGAAAUGAGGGACAAGUUCAACGAGGAUGUUAAGUUCGCCGAAAAUCGUUGGGCGGCCAACAAUGAGGCUGAGGCAGCCGAAGCUCCUGCCGCCCGGCCCGAGAGCCUCAUCAAGGCGCUGCUCUCGAGCAGCAGCAGCAGCAACAGCCUCUUCAUCAACAACAACAGCAACAACAACAGCAGCAACAACAACAGCAGCUGCAGCAGCAGCUGCAGCCAUUUCCUCAACAACAACAACAACAACAUCAGCAACAACAACAACAACAGCAACAACAACAACAACUUCAACAGCUACUGCAGCAACUGCAACAACCGGACAAUCAGCACAGUAAAUACAGCAACAAGCACAAGUCCGACAACAGUUGGGCCAACAACAUCCAUACGAAAUGACUCGUCGAUACGGAUCAUGGACAUUGGAGCGCCGGCUGCUGCAUAUGCGCAUCCGGAGGGACGCAACGAUCAGAGAUACGAGUGCAAUCUGUGCGACUUUCACACGAGCAGCAUGAACGUGCUGCUCAUCCAUCGUCGCACCCAUGUGGAGCUCAGCAGAUACGGCGGCGGAGGAGUUGGAGUUGGUGUUGGAGUUGGAGUUGGAGACGGUUGCAGCACAAGCAACAGCAGCAUCUACAGCAGCAGCAGCGGCGUCGGCGUCGGCGUCGGCAGCGCAAAUGUGCGUCAGCUGCUGAAGCACCAGCGGGCGACGCGCCGGGCCAAUACAUCGGCCAGCCGGGACACGUACUCCUCGUCGCUGUGGCGCUGCCAAUCCCGUCACGUCUCCAUUGUGGUCGAUGCGCCGCUCACGGACGAGGAACAGCGCCAGGUCGCGAGCAUAGCGCAGCUGACCUUGGCCAGCAUUGAGCGUGUGGUCAAGUCGCCGACGCAGGAGCUGAACAGAGAGCGGGAUCGGGAUCGGGAUCGGGCGCGGGCGCGUGCCCGAGCACAUCUGCCCAGGUCGACAAGGGAGCGGGAGAGGGAUCGGGAGAGGGAACGGGAUAGGGAGCGGGAUAGGGAGCGGGAGAGGGAGAGGGAGCGGGUUAGGGAUCGGGAUAGGGAGCGGGAGAGGGAGCGUGUUAGGGAUCGGGAUAGAGAGCGGGAGAGGGAACGGGAACGGGAGAGGGAUCGGGAUCGGGAGAGGGUGCGUCGACGGGAACACGAACGCGAUCUGCAGACACUUGACAGCGAGUGCUCCGCCGCGCUGCAGCAGCAUCGUCGCAGCACACAACUGAUGAGCGCGCGGGAUCCGCGCCGCAAGCGCUGCCAUCAGCUGCGCGCAACGAUGCCGGCGCCGCCGAUGCUGCCGCCGACGCCGCCAACGCCGCCCAAGGUGCGUCGCCUGACGCGCUCCAUCAGUCGGCAGCAGGAGCGCAGUCCCAGCUUGUCCCGCUCGGCAGCAGCCGAAACAGAAGCAGCAGCAGCAGCAGCAGCAGGAGGAGGAGGAGGAGGAGGAGGAGCUCAACUGGUGGCCUUGGUGUCGCCGCAAACGCCGCCGCCGCCGACGCCGGCGCCGAAGCUGACCAAGGCCAAGGCCAACAAGUCCAAGCUAAAGGGCAAGCCCAAGCCCAAAUCCCAGCCCAAUUUCACAUCGACGCCAAUCGUAAAGCGCGGACGCAAGCGUCACACAGAGGAGCAGCCGAAGACAGAGCUGGAAACGGAUCGGGAACGGGAACGUGAUCCAGUCAAGGGCGUGGCGGCCGCCUCGCGCGAACUGCAGCGCCGCCUGCUCGCCGAGUGGGGCGACUACGAGCAGGAGGAGCAGCCCGAGCUGAUCAACAAGCAAACCAACGGACAGCCCGCCGAGGCGACGCACAAGAAGCAGCAGCAGCAGCAGCAGCUGCAUCCCAAGCUAAUGCUGCCACGCGCCCAACCGCAGCCGCAGCCGCAACCGAAACCGCAACCGAAACCGAAACCGAAGUGUACGGUGGAGGACUACGCCGAGGAGGAGGAGGAGGAGGAGGAGGAAGAGAGCUGUGAGCCCGGCCCGUCCGGCAAGAUGCAGCUGGCAUCCGCCUCGAGCUCAUCCUCGGCGUCGAACUCAUCGAAACGCAUACGCAACAUACCAAAGAAGGAUCGGCGCGAUGUCGUGCUCCAGGAGUUCGAUACGGGCAACGAGCACAGCAGCGCUGCGCCCGAGGAGCCAAUCAUAAUACAGGACAGCGACGCCAGCUCCAACGAGAGCGUCGUCUUUGUCGAUUCCGCGGAGGAGCCACAGCAGCAGCAGCAGCAGCGGCGCCUGUCCAAGGUAGCUGGCCAAUUUAGGGAUCGCCAGGCCCAGGUCAAGGCUGGCGGCUCCUCGUGCUUUGACUUCGCCGAGGAGGAUGACGAGGUGCAUGCUGCACUGCAGCCGCCCUCCGCCCAGCCGGCGGAUGGCCAAAAUGGCCUCAGCUACAGGCGACGCACCAAGCCGCCACCGACGACGCUGACCAAUGGCGACGAGAAGCAGCGGGAACGGGAACGGGCACGGGCACGGGCCGAGCUCGAACCGGAGCCGGAGGCAGAGCUGCAGCAGACGGAGCAAUUCAAGGGCUUCAACGAGCAACAGCUCGUUGCCGAGGCCGAACUGGAUGCGGAUGUGGAUCAGGAGCAGCUCAAUCUGCCCAACAAAGAUCGACAGAAGCGCAUCUUCAAGUCGCGCAACAAAUCCCAGCAGGCGGCAGCGGACGAGCCGCCGCCGUCGACGCUCGAGGAGAAGCCUUCAACGACGUCGGCAGCGUCGGCAGCGACGUCGGCAGCGACGGCAGCAGCGACGGCGGCGGCAUUGGCAGCGUCUGUCUUCAUGGAGCACCUGUUGCCGAUGCACACGGAGCUGACGCUGCCGCCCCUCGAUCCCAGGCUGUCGAAUGGAGGCGGCGCCGGCGUCGUCGUCAACGAUCCGAGGACUGAGCGACGACGUCGCAAGUCCAAGGCCAAAAAGAAGAAGAAAAACAACAACAGCGAGGCCGGAGCAGGCGGCGAGGUUGGAGCAGGGGCCGGCACAACCACCAAGAAGAAGAAGAAGAAGAAGAGCGGCGACGUGCCGGGAGAGGAGAAGACAAAGACGAAGACGAAAAGCAAAAAGAAAAACAAGGCGAGCAGCAAGAAGGGCCAAAGCUUGCCAGAGGCAAAGCCGCCACAGCCAACGCUGCUGCAACCCAAACGGGAGCCGGAGCCGGAGCCGGAACAGGAGCCGGAGCCGGAGCCGGAGCUGAGCACUGCGCAAACCCUGCGCCAAUAUCCAGUCCAAUAUCCACUGCAAUAUCCAGGCCAAUAUCCAGGCCAAUAUCCAGGCCAAUAUCCACUGCAAUAUCCAGUCCAAUAUCCAGUCCAAUCCCAGAUGCCAAUCCACUCCCAACAUGUCCACGGCCACGGCCACGCCCAUUACUCCGGCAGCGGGCUGUUCUCGGCGGCAGCGGGAAGCAGCGCAGCGCUGCUGCACCUGAGCACGAACACGAACACGCACAGCAUCCAGAGCACGACGACGACAAGCAGCUCCUUCCUGCAGCAGCAGCACAGCAAUAGCAACAGCAACAGCAGCUCGAUCACAUCCAACAUGGCCGUCAUAUCGGCGGAGGAGGCGCACGAGCUGCACCGUUCGGCGCCGGCGCUGGCCGAGGAGGAGGAGUCGACAACGGCGACCGAAUCGAGCGCUGUUCUCAUACUGGAGGACAUACUGUUGCCCAAUCUCUACGAGCUGCCGGUGAGGCGCGCCAGUUCCGAUAACAGCAGUAGCAGCAGCGACAGCUUUGCCAGCAGUCGGAGUCAGCUGCGGGCCAGGCCGGAGGAGGAACGGGAGCGAGAACGGGAACGGGAGCGAGAAGAGGAGCGGGAAAGGGAAAGGGAACGGGAACGGGAGCGAGAAGAGGAGCUGGAACGGGAACGGCAACGGGAGCGAGAAGAGUUGGAGCAGCUGGAGCGGGAAAAAGAGGAAUAUGAACAUUUGCGUAAACUGGAGGAGUCACCGCCGGCCACAAGCUCCUCCAGCUUGGCCAACAGCCAGCCCUCAUCGCCGCUGACAGGCCUCCGUUUCGAGGCUAAACUAAAGAAGCGCGAACGGCAAAUGCUCCGCAAAUAUGAGGCGGAUAUGCGGACAAUCGAACGCAGCGCCGAAAUCUGUCGCAUUGCACGUCAGCGUUGGGCCUGUGCCCGCAGCAUGCACAAACCGAACCCGGACGAGCGGGCGCAUCUCCAGCGGCUGGAGAAGCUGCCGCUGCGUGCUCUGAUCCGUUGGGGCAAGCGGGCCGUCAGCUUGCAGCCGUCGACGGAGCAGGAGCUGCUGCCGCUGGCAACUGUUGCUGUGCGCCCCAAAUCCUGCAUGGCGCUGGCCAUGCUCCAUGACGAGGCGGUGGUCGCCACAGCCAGGCGACAACUGGAGCAGCUGCGCGAGAGGCGACGCACUGAAGCAGCAGCCAGUUCCAGUCCGGAGUCGCGACGACGACGCAGCCGGCCGGAGCCGGAGCCGGAGCAGGAGUCGGAGUCGGAGCCGGAGGAGCAAGCACCCCAGAAGGAGCAGGUGGCGGAGGGUCAGCAGCAACAGGAUGGCAAUACAGAAUCGCGCAUCUGCGCCGUUAUGACACGUCCGAUACCCGGCUACAACAACACCUUCAUGCUCUGCUCCCUGACGAACAACAACAACUUUACGCCGCUGAACAACGAGGCGCUGUAUCUGGAUAGCGAGAAUCAUUUGGUGCCCGUGCCGAUGCAGGCAUUGGCCGAAUCGCCGCGCCUGCCCGACGGACAUCCCUUGUCCGCCGUCUUUCUGCUCGAGGGCGAGGCCAUGGCGCAGGUGGUCCAGCCGGAGCAGCAGCAGCAGCAGCAGCAGCAGCAGCAGCAGGCUGUGGCGGCGGCGGCGGCGGCAGCGGCAGCAGCGGCAGCAGCAGCGUCGCUCAGCGCUGGCCAGGAGCACCAGGAGGUGCCCGCCGCGGCGGCCGCCAUGCUGGGCGGCAUGAUGACGCCCCUCAGCCAGGUGGCCGAGACGAUGACGCGAGGCGAACCCGAUCCCGAACCCGAACCGGAGGCUGACGAGGCCGAGGAGGAGGACGACGACGAAGACGAAGAUGAGGAUGACAACGACAACGACGAAGACGAAGAUGAGGAUGACAACGACAACGACGAAGACGAUGAGGAUGCGGAUGCGGAUGCGGCUGACGAUGAUGGGAAUGGGAAUGGAAAUGGGAAUGAUCAGCCGGAGCAACGGGAGCAGCAACGGGAGCAGCGAGUGACUGUUGCUCCGCCGCCGGCGCACGGUGAGAUCUAUCAGCUGCAGUCGAAUGUGCUGCAGCUGAGCGUGAAUGGCCACCAGCUGGAGCUGACCACCGAGGUGCUAAUGAACAUAGCCGAGCAGCAGGACGAUAUUGUUAUCGAAAUCGAUGGCGGCGGCCAGGCGAUGCUCCAUGCCAGCGACAUUCUGCAGGCGGCCAAAAACUAUCUGCAGGAGCGCGACCUCCAGCUGGUCAAUCUCGAGGAUAUGGCGCUCAAUGUGCAGCAGGUGGCGCCGCCGCUGCCGCCGCUGCCGCCGCCGCUGCCUACCGCGCCCCCGCCGCCCCCGCCAACGCCACCGCCGCCGCCGCCGCCAAAUGAUUUGCUGGCCGCGGCGCUCGCCGGCAGCGAUGUGAUCGACGCAGCCGUCGGACUGCUCCACAUUGAUACGCGCCAGCAGGCACUCGGCGUGGGCCUGAGCGUCGCCGCCGACGACGACGACGAUGUCCCUUGGCCCUUGGCCGCGGCAACGGUGCACCUGACGCCGCCAAUAACGGCGGCGCGAACAAACGAGACGAACGCUCUGCUGGAUCAGACGCCCAUCAUGUCCACGCUGGAGACUCCAAGCAGCAGCAGCAGCGGCGGCCGCGGCGGCCGCGGCGGCGCUGCAGGGCUGCAGCUGCAUCGGCGCGUCUCGCCGCUGAUCGAUGGCAGUCUGGAGGACAGUCUCGCCGUCAUCGGUGUGACCAGCCAUGGCAAUGGCAGCGGCGUGCCCACAUCUCUCGAGCUGCCCAUCACGGUCACCAAUCCGGCGAUAGCUCCGCCGCGAUCCGCUUCCGUCUCCGCCUCCGCCUCCGCCUCCAUCACCGCCGAUCUGGCCAAGUUUGUGUCGUUCCAGUAGAUCGGCCUGGCAGGCAGGCAGGCAGGCAGUUCCGACUGGC